UUGUCUGCUGUAACGACACUGACUGCUGAGCGGAACCGGAGUCUUUAGUUUAGAAACACAGCAGCAGACUGUUGGAGCUUAAGGUGGAUUCAGGGCUGUUUAUUGUAUUGAAUCAGAUCAAGUAACAGAGUCAUUGUGAUGUAUUGAUUGGACAUGUUCUAAUAGUUUCAGCGCUUUGGACAGAUGUUUGCUGUGGUUUAAAAUGAAGACUGUAUUCUCUGUAGGUGAAUAUGGAAGGGUGGUUAGAGUUUCCCCCGGUCUCCAGUAAAGUGGAGCAGCAGAAGAUCCAGCUCUGAUCAGCAGCUCCACACCUCUGUACUCAGACUGCUCUGCUGGAGGAACACCAUCAGCUCACCUGCUGCAGAAAUUAAUGCUGUUCUGUUCCGGAUCUUCCCCUGAUCCCAGCUAAACAAAAGGGAGAACAUGGCAUCCAGGGAAAUCUCCGAUAUGCAAAUGCAGAAAAGUACAGGGAAGAAGAAUACACAUCACUGUCCAGUUUGUGGAAAGAGUUUUAAUAAACACAGUAAUCUCAAAACACACCAGCGCAUUCACACUGGAGAGAAACCAUUUCAUUGCUCAGACUGUGGGAAGAGUUUUACUACAAAGGGUGAUCUCCAGCAACACAAACGCAUUCACACUGGAGAGAAACCAUAUCACUGCUCAGAAUGUGGGAUGCAUUUUACUAACCAAAAUCAUCUCCAGCGACACCAGCGCAUUCACACUGGAGAGAAACCAUAUCUCUGCACAGACUGUGGGAAGAGCUUUAACGAUCCGACAAGUCUCCAAAGACACAGAUACAUUCACACUGGAGAGACACUGUUUCAAUGCACAGAGUGUGGGAAGAAUUUUUAUAAACACUAUAAUCUUCAGCGACACCAACUCAUUCACACUGGAGAGAAACCGUUUCACUGCUUAGACUGUAGAAAGAGUUUUACCACACAGACUGAUCUCCAGCGACACCAGUGCAUUCACACUGGAGAGAAACCAUAUUACUGUUCAAAAUGUGGUAUGAAUUUUCAUCAAAAGAGUAUUCUUCAGCGGCACCAGCGCAUUCACCCUGGAGAGAAACCGUAUUACUGCUCGGUCUGUGGAAAGAGUUUUACUGAACAGAGUUAUCUCAAAACACACCAGCGCAUUCACACUGGAGAGAAACCAUAUCACUGCUCAGACUGUAAAAAGAGUUUUACUAAGAAGGGUGAUCUCCAGCGACACAAACGCAUUCACACUGGAGAGAAACCGUAUCACUGCACAGAAUGUGGGAUGAAUUUUACUAACCGGUAUAAUCUCCAGCGACACCAGCGCAUUCACACUGGAGAGAAACCGUAUCUCUGCGCAGACUGUGGGAAGAGUUUUAACUUUCUGAUAAAUCUCCAAAGACACAGAUACAUUCACACUGGAGAGACACCGUUUCAAUGCACAGAGUGUGGCAAGAAUUUUUAUCAACAGUAUAAUCUCCAGCGACACCAACUCAUUCACACUGGAGAAAAAACGUAUCACUGCUUAGACUGUGGAAAGAGUUUUACUACACAGGGUGAUCUCCAGCGACACAAACGCAUUCACACUGGAGAGAAACCGUUUCACUGCUCAGACUGUGAAAAGAGUUUUACUACAAAGAGUGAUCUCCAGCAACACAAACGCGUUCACACUGGAGAGAAACCGUAUUACUGUUCAGAAUGUGGCAUGAACUUCUGUAAACAGAGUACUCUCCAGCAGCACCAACGCAUUCACACUUGAGAGAAACCAUAUUACUGUUCAGAAUGUGUCAUGAACUUUUAUGAACAGAGUACUUUCCAGCAGCACCAACGCAUUCAUACUGGAGAGAAAUCAUAUCACUGCUCAGACUGUGGAAUGAAUUUUAAUCGCCAGUAUAAUCUCAAUCGACACCAGCGCAUUCCCAUCAGUGUUUAGACUUAGUUUAGUUUUACACACCUAAAACUAUUUCAGAUUCUAACCAAGAUCUAUUAAUAAUGUGUGUAGAGGGUAAACUGUUUCAUUUUCAUAAAACAAAAAACAGUUAUGUACUAAAUGUCAAACCCAGCUUUCUGCCCAUACACUGAAUAGAUCCUGAAGUAGAUGAGCUGCAGUCACUCUGUAAAGCUCAAUUUGAUCUUCAUCCAAAUUCUGUGGAUUUGACCUUCUGACAUCCAAGAUCGAGGCAUUUACAGCCCACAUGCAUAUUAAGUUUAAUUAAGUCAGUGUUAUAUACACUGGAGAGAUAUUUUUGUGGCCCCUUAUUUCUUCGAUAAUGGACCUACUUCUACUCAUGAGCUCCUGUCGUUCGUUAUUUGACGACUCUUAGGCCUCCCUUAAAGGGAAGCCUUGGGCUAGCUUAAAAUAGACUCUUAAAGAUUAUCUAGUCAUGCAUCACUACAAAAGUUUUAAAUUCAAAAGAAAGAAGAUAAACAUCAGACGAGUGCCUUAAGUCAAAGAAAGGAGAAGACGAGUCGCUCCGAAGUUCUAAGUUAAUCUUUUAUUGUCUUGAAGUCAGCCAGAUUCAGUCAGAAGGAUUCAGUCUUCUGAUCAUACAAAGCAAUACACACACUUUUAUACAGUAUUUGGGUGAACAAAGGCAGGGGCUUUUGGCACACCUGUUCUUCACUUGGGCACUCUUCUCGUGAGAGAAAGCUAAGUCAGCAACGUCUGGGUGAACAACGGUGGGGGCUUUUGGCACAAGUCAGACAAAACCAAGGUCGCCUCCACCAGCACCUCGCGCCUUGGUACAGACUGUACAGGCCUCAGAGAAAGGGUCAGACACCUGUUUUAACAGAACUUAGUGAACUCUAGACUUUUCAUCCAAAUAUACUAUUAUAAAGGUAAUAUAGCAUAUAUUGAUCAUCAAUUUAGGGCCCACACUCCAUUCUGUUCUUGGCCCUAGGGGCUGGAACUUUAUGAGCAUAAAAAAAAGGAGUGAUUCUCCCACUCCCAAAAAAUAGUCCUUCCAGCUAUAUGCUCAGAGUCCAAAAUAAAGUCCCUGGCAUGUUCUCUCAGAGCCUUGUGUCUAGAGCAGAGAUCAUGAAUAGGCGGACCGUAGUUCGGCUCCAGACCCAGACAUUGUCCAAUGCGGACCCAAACCGAUAAACUACUGAGAAGGAUUUUACAAGUUCUUAUCAUGGUGUUGUUCAGCUCUGUGUCCUUUAUGAACACAGCAAACAGUUGUAGUGUUUCAAACAUUCCUUAAGUGUCCUAAAGUCUGUGAGAAGGUGAAACAGAGGAAAAGAGUGGAUGGAAAGAUCUUCUGGCCUGUGUACGACUUUACGCUGUGUAGAACAGGCAAGCGCUGGCUAUCUGAGGAAAGGUUCCCAGCACUUCACUCAGAUAGCUUGUUGUCUCCUAGUUCAUAUGCACUGUUCCCAGAACAGCAGUGAAGCUUCUCUGCCACUCAGGGUAACGUUCUCCUCACAGCUCUCACUGUAAAUAAAAAAAUUUCUCUGACCUUCCUGAUUCCUGAAAAAGUACAAACAACCUCCAAAGCCUUGUGACAUUGUGACACAGUUAAAAAGAGAGAAAAGAUCAUAAGGUUAUUAAGCAAAUUAUUAAGUGAACAUUAAAAAUAAUAACUGUAUAUAUAAAUGUAUAAAACAUUUAAGAAUAAGAGUGUGAAGGUGUGGUUAUCUCCAAUCACACCCUUCAGUGCACACCAGAAAAAGAGAUUAAUAUACUACAUUUAUAAAACAUAUUCAGAGUAAUGUAACCGAGCAGUGUUACAUAGAGGAAUUAAAGUGAAACAACCGACACAAUAGUGCAAAAUAGUCCACUUUACUCCACCUGCUCAGCAAGAAAAAAACUCCUGCGCUCGCAGGCACUCUCUCUCUCUACUCCCAAAACAACCUUGUCUCAAAGGCAAUCACUUUCAGUCAGUAUAACCUUCGGCCCCAGGCAAGUUCCCAGACCACAUUAGGAUGGUCAGCAAAUAGAUAAACACUCCCUUCAGGGAGUGCUGUACUAAAUUCUUUAUGUUGAAAUGUAAAAAGGCUCGCUCUUGAUAGUUAGGCCUAAUCCCAUCCCAUUUCUCACCACUCUCAGUAUUGGGACAAUCCUUCAAGCACAUGAUAUAGAUAUAGAAGUAGAGCACUAAUGGUUAACUUUAGGACAUUGUAUGUCUUCAGUAAAGGGGCAGUUGGUGCAGCUGUUAAUUAUUAUUGUCCAUUCCUUAAUUCCUCGCUGAUGGGGAGCUGAAAUAAACUUUUAUUAGCUUAAAUUUGAUUUUGCAGUCUUUUGCACCAUUUAAUGUGGAACAAAAAAGUUAGCAAGCUAACUGAGACAAACUACUGCUAGCUGAGACAAACUACUAGUAUUAUGCUUGCAAUGAGAAAAAUGGCCGUAAAACAUUGAAACUACACAUUGAACUUAUACUAUAUAGUAAUAUAGUGGUUAUCAUAAUUUCUAAGAAAAAUGCUUGAAUGAGUUUUCACUUCGCCAUCUUGCCAGUGAUUCUCAUAUCUCUCUGUUUUGAGUGUGCCUAUGAAAAAUCUCUGAUUUAAGGAGCCAUAUACCAGUAACACUUCACCCUACCCCUCAACCUUAACAAGAAUAAGGACACCCCUGGACAUGCAAAAAAGUUGGGUAAGGCUAAAGGAUUGGGCCUAAAUCGAAUACUGUUGUUCUUUAAGAAACACUUUUUUGGGGCUGUUCAAAAUGUUCUUUGCAGAAAAAAAUAUUUUUUAUUAGUGAAACUAAACUGUGUUAUUUUUUGUAUUUAACAGCUUUCUGUGGAUUCUGUAUUGGCGUUUGCGGAUACUGUCUGUUCUGCCUAUUUUGAUUUGAGGGCCUAAUGUUAAUUGCAUGUUUCAUAUUAUUUUGUAUUAAUGUGUAGAAGUUAUUUUGCUUUUUUAUUACUUGUAGUUUUGUUCAGUUUCCAAUAAACCAUUAAAUAGAUGAACUGU